CUAAUGACUAGCCAUUGCUUGCUUGAUCGCGCAUGCACCAGCUUCCAUCCUAUAUAAAACCCCGCACUCGCUUCUCCUCCAGAGAGUCAGAGGCCACCACCACCAAAACGGCCUGGAAAGGAGGCCAAGCCAGGCAGCUAGCCGAAUAGUAGUGAGCCAAGUUAAUUCCUCUAAUAUAAUUGCAGUCACAGCUCAGAAGCAAGGCGAGAUCGUUGGGAGCAGGCCACGGCGCGCCGAGUGCGGCGUGCCAGCUACCACGCCGGACAUGGGUAACGAUGGGCCGGAGCCGGAGCCGGGUACGGCGAAGGCGAAGAAAACGGCGCCGAUGCUGGCGUCGAUCGCGUCUGUGUUCAUGCACGCGGACGCGGCGGACGUGGUGCUGAUGGUGCUGGGCCUGGUGGGCGCCAUGGGCGACGGCCUGUCCACGCCGGUGAUGCUGCUCAUCACCAGCCGCAUCUUCAACGACCUCGGCAGCGGCCCCAGCUUCAUGGAGCAGUUCAGCUCCAAGAUCAAUGAGAACACGCGGAACCUCCUCUUCUUGGCCGUCGGCAACUGGGUCAUGGCGUUCCUAGAGGGGUACUGCUGGGCGCGGACGGCGGAGCGGCAGGCAUCGCGGAUGCGGGAGCGGUACCUGCGGGCGGUGCUCCGGCAGGACGUGGAGUACUUCGACCUCAAGGUGGGCUCGACGUCGGAGGUGGUGACCAGCGUCUCCAACGACAGCCUCGUCGUGCAGGACGUGCUGAGCGAGAAGGUGCCCAACUUUGUGAUGAACUGCUCCAUGUUCCUCGGCAGCUACGCCGUCGGGUUCGCGCUGCUGUGGCGGCUCACGCUGGUGGCGCUGCCGUCGGUGCUGCUGCUCAUCAUCCCAGGGUUCAUGUACGGCCGCAUCCUCAUCGGCCUCGCGCGCCGGAUCAGGGAGCAGUACACGCGCCCCGGCGCCAUCGCCGAGCAGGCCGUCUCCUCCGUGCGCACCGUCUACUCGUUCGUGGCGGAGCGGAGCACCAUGGCGCAAUUCUCCGCGGCGCUCGAGGAGUCAGCGCGGCUCGGGCUCAAGCAGGGGCUCGCCAAGGGCAUCGCCGUCGGCAGCAACGGCAUCACCUUCACCAUCUGGGCAUUCAAUGUCUGGUAUGGCAGCGGCCUCGUCAUGUACCACGGCGCUCUGGGCGGCACCGUUUUCGCCGUCUCUGCUGCCAUUGUCGUCGGUGGCCUAGCGCUAGGGUCAGCGUUGUCGAACGUCAAGUACUUCUCGGAGGCGAGCUCGGCAGGGGAGAGGAUCCUGGAGGUGAUCCAGCGGGUGCCCAAGAUCGACUCGGAGAGCAACGCCGGCGAGGAGCUGGCCAACGUCGUCGGCGAGGUGGAGUUCAAGAACGUGGAGUUCUGCUACCCUUCACGACCGGAGAGCCCCAUCUUUGUCAGCUUCAACCUGCGCAUUCCGGCGGGGCGCACGGUGGCGCUGGUCGGCAGCAGCGGGUCGGGAAAGUCUACGGUGAUCGCGCUGCUGGAGCGGUUCUACGACCCUUCGGCCGGCGAGGUGACCCUGGACGGCAUGGACAUCCGGCGGCUGCGGCUCAAGUGGCUGCGAGCGCAGAUGGGGCUCGUCAGCCAGGAGCCGGCGCUGUUCGCGACGUCGAUCAGGGAGAACAUCCUAUUCGGCAAGGAGGACGCCACGGCGGAGGAGGUCGUCGCCGCGGCCAAGGCUGCCAACGCCCACAACUUCAUCUCCCAGCUGCCGCAGGGCUACGACACGCAGGUUGGUGAGCGUGGUAUCCAAAUGUCUGGAGGACAGAAGCAAAGGAUCGCUAUUGCCAGAGCAAUCCUUAAGUCACCCAAGAUCCUCCUCCUUGAUGAAGCCACCAGCGCAUUGGACACUGAGUCAGAGCGUGUCGUGCAAGAGGCGCUUGACCUGGCCUCCGUUGGCCGGACUACAAUUGUAAUUGCACAUCGUCUCUCCACUAUCCGAAAUGCUGACACGAUUGCUGUCAUGCAGUAUGGCGAGGUCAAGGAGCUGGGCUCCCAUGAUGAGCUCAUUGCCAAUGAGAAUGGCCUCUACUCAUCUCUUGUCCGCCUUCAGCAAACCAGAGACUCAAGAGAGGCUGACGAGUUUGGUGGAACUGGAAGUACAUCUGCUGUGGGUCAAUCCAGCAGCCACAGCAUGAGCAGGAGGUUCUCUGUAAUUAGCAGGUCAAGCUCAGCACGAUCAAUCGGUGAUGCAAGAGAUGAUGACAACACCAAAAAGAAGCUUCUUGUGCCCUCCUUCAGAAGGCUGCUUAUGCUUAAUGCACCAGAGUGGAAGCAGGCGCUGAUGGGGAGCUUUAGUGCAAUUGUGUUUGGAGGCAUCCAGCCUGCUUAUGCAUAUGCCAUGGGGAGCAUGAUCUCAGUCUACUUCUUGACAGAUCAUGAACAAAUCAAGGACAAGACAAGGACCUACGCGCUCAUCUUUGUAGCUCUCGCAGUGCUCUCGUUCUUGAUCAAUAUUGGACAGCAUUACAACUUUGGUGCCAUGGGGGAAUACCUCACCAAGAGGAUCAGGGAACAAAUGCUUGCAAAAAUCCUCACUUUCGAGAUUGGGUGGUUCGACCGUGACGAGAACUCCAGUGGUGCCAUUUGCUCACAGCUUGCCAAGGAUGCUAACGUCGUGAGGUCACUUGUGGGUGACCGAAUGGCUCUGGUAAUCCAAACAGUUUCUGCGGUUCUCAUCGCCUGCACCAUGGGUCUGGUGAUUGCUUGGCGUCUGGCCCUUGUCAUGAUAGCAGUGCAGCCUCUUAUCAUUAUCUGCUUUUAUGCUCGUCGAGUCUUACUGAAGAGCAUGUCCAAGAAAUCAAUACAGGCACAAUCUGAAAGUAGCAAGCUAGCUGCUGAGGCUGUCUCCAAUCUCCGGACCAUCACCGCUUUCUCAUCGCAGGACCGCAUCCUACGCCUCUUUGACCAAGCACAAGACGGGCCACGCAAGGAAAGCAUCCGGCAGUCAUGGUUUGCAGGCCUUGGCCUUGGCACCUCCAUGAGCCUUAUGACGUGCACAUGGGCCCUCGACUUCUGGUAUGGUGGCAGACUCAUGGCUGAGCAUCACAUUACUGCAAAGGCACUGUUCCAAACCUUCAUGAUUCUAGUAAGCACAGGACGUGUGAUUGCAGAUGCAGGUAGCAUGACAACAGACCUUGCUAAGGGUGCUGAUGCGGUCGCUUCAAUGUUUGCUGUCCUUGAUCGGGAAACAGAAAUUGACCCUGACAACCCUGAGGGAUACAAGCCAGAGAAGCUCAAAGGAGAGGUGGACAUAAAAGGAGUUGACUUUGCAUACCCAUCAAGGCCGGAUGUGAUCAUCUUCAAAGGAUUCUCCUUGAGCAUCCAUCCAGGCAAGUCAACAGCAAUUGUUGGUCAAAGUGGUUCUGGCAAGUCGACCAUCAUCGGGCUAAUAGAGAGGUUCUACGAUCCACUCAGGGGGGUGGUGAAAAUAGAUGGUCGAGACGUCAAAACAUACAAUCUUCGAGCCUUGCGACGGCACAUUGGGCUAGUUAGCCAGGAGCCAACACUAUUUGCAGGUACAAUCAGAGAGAACAUUGUGUAUGGGACAGAAACAGCAAGUGAGGCAGAAAUUGAGAAUGCAGCAUGGGAUUCAAAUGCACAUGACUUCAUUAGCAACCUCAAGGAUGGAUAUGAUACAUGGUGUGGUGAGCGGGGUGUUCAGCUGUCAGGAGGGCAGAAACAGCGCAUUGCUAUCGCCCGUGCAAUCCUGAAGAACCCUGCUAUCUUGCUACUGGAUGAAGCUACAAGUGCACUGGACAGCCAGUCUGAAAAGGUUGUGCAAGAAGCACUGGACCGAGUGAUGGUUGGCAGGACAAGUAUAGUGGUAGCACACAGGCUCAGCACUAUCCAGAACUGUGACCUGAUCAGUGUGCUUGAGAAAGGAAUUGUCGUGGAGAAGGGCACACAUGCAUCUCUCAUGGCCAAGGGUCCUUCUGGAACAUACUUUGGAUUGGUUACUUUGCAACAAGGAGGCAACCAGCAAUGAGAUUUUGCAUGACAACGAAGCACUACUUUCAAAAUCUGCAGCCCCAUUCAAAUGAUUUGCCAUUUUAGAUCAACCUGCAAGAAGAUUCAGCAGACCAUUGAAAUUUCUACGACAAUGGGUAUUUUCCCUCCCCAUUGUUUAAUCAGUACACGGAAGUGUAGCAAGCUUAUAGUUUCUUGAUAUAGUUGCUGGAUAUGUGCUGUAGUGUUGCAAAGUUCAGGAAGUCUGAGAGAAGAUGUACAUUAGGUUGUAUUCAUCUUCUUCUUUUGUGGUUUAUGAAUUUAUAAUUAUUGUA